AUGGCGGCAAGCUUGCUAUCGCGAUACCCAUGGGUAUCUACUCCAUUUGUGGUCAGCGCCCCCAUGAAAGUAUUGUCCAGUCCAGCACUGGCAGUAGCCGUCUCUUGUGCGGGUGGACUGGGUUUCAUUGGCCCCGGUGCCAAAACACAGGACACAAAUGAUGACCUUGAAAAAGCAUCAUCGCUCCUACGUCAAGGGACUAGCAAAUCACCAACGCCCAACUGUGCACUACCUGUCGGCGUAGGAUACCAACUCUGGGCUGAUGACAUAAGUGUUGCCAUCUCUGCUAUCGAGAAACAUAAACCAUGUGCAGCCUGGCUAUACGCCCCCCGCCAGGGACCCAAGGAAUACGACGAAUGGUCUAGCAAGAUCCGUCAAGCAUCCCCUGACACCCAAAUCUGGAUUCAAAUUGGCACUCUGAAGGAGGCAAAGGAGCUUCUCCAGAACCGUGAACGGCCAGAUGUUGUUGUCUUGCAAGGGGCUGAAUCCGGUGGCCACGGUCGGGCGAAAGAUGGAAUGGGGCUUAUGGUACUGUUUCCCGAAGUCGCAGAUGCCAUGGCAGACAGCCAAAUUCCUUUAUUUGCAGCUGGUGGAAUCGCAGAUGGGCGUGGUGUUGCAGCGGCGAUGUGCCUUGGGGCUUCGGGUGUGGUGAUGGGGACUCGUUUCCUGGCUGCCAGUGAAGCACGCAUUAGCCGGGGUUACCAGAACGAGGUUGUACGUGCGGCCGAUGGUGCAGCCUCAACCACGCGUACACUACUGUAUAAUCACCUCAGGGGCACUUUCGGAUGGCCAGAUGAAUAUAGUCCCCGGACUAUCUUGAACAAAUCAUUUGUUGAGCAGCAGGAAGGGAAGUCUUUUGAGGAACUGAAAAGGCUUCAUGAUGAAGCUCUUAACCUGGGCGAUAACGGCUGGGGGCCUAAUGGAAGACUCGCAACAUAUGCAGGAGCCUCUGUGGGACUGAUACAUGAUGUGAAAGAGGCGGAAGAUAUUGUCUAUGAGAUUCGAAAUGAUGCAUUGGAAAUAAUUCAGCGGUUGUGUCCGCAAGAGAAGUAG